GGCACGCGGGCGUCCCAGGGGCGCAGCCCAGGCGCCGCGGCCGAGGCGCCGCCGCAGCCAGCCCAGGCCCCGCGCGGCGACGACCCCGAGGCGGGGGAGCCCGGCGACGAGCGCGGGGGUGGUCUGCCGGCGCUCGAGCGCUCAGGCUCCGCCCGCGCGCUGAUGGAGAGCCCCCGGCGCAGCGGCGACGUGCCGCCGCGGCGGUGCCGCCUGGGCGCCGCGGGGUGGGCCGCCGCGGGCGCGGCCGCCGCCCUCGCAGGAGUGGCCCUGCUCGCCGCCCCCCUCGCUGGCAGGGCGCCGCGGGGCCCCGCCGCGGGCGCCGCGGAGGCUGCGCGGCGGCGGCCUGCCGCGGAGAGCGCAGCCGCCCCCGCAGAGGCGGCCGCCGCCUCCUGCCCCGGCGCCGACCCGGAGGUGGCGUGCAGGUGCCUUCUGGCGUGCGAGGCGUUCCGGCCGGCGGCGCUCGCGCCCGAGAGGUGCGCCGAGGAGGCUCGGGCAGAUCCAACCGAGAGGGUCAGCAUGAUCAGAGCCCUCGUCGACGCCAGCACCGAGCACGGCGCCUCGGACGUCUGCGGCAGCAUGCAGUGCGUCCUCGCCUGCGCCGUCGAGCUGGGCUGCGUGCGCGAAGUGCGGGCGGGCUGUGAGCGCAUAGCGGACAGGCUGCGCGGCUCCUACGGCUGCGCGCUCCAGUGCGGCGGUGGCCCGGCCGGCUCGCAGGCCAACUCCAGCCUCCACGCCUGACGCUCUGCUGCCCCCGCCGGCGCCGGCGCCUCCGACAAUUGGGUGCCGUGGCCCUUCCCUGAAACGGGGGAGGGGACACAGAAUGCAGAAUUCGAGGGCGGCCGUAGACGGGCCAACGGCGAUGUAGGCAACGGCGAUGCAGGCUUCGGUGUCGCGGGAGCGCGUGGCUCGCGCGCUCCUGCAGCUCGCUGUGUCGUGUUCGCUCGACCCACGCGCAGACUGGAGGUGUCGGGACGUGUGGCUCGUGGUUUCUCCUGCAAUUCGGCUCCAGGCAUCACCGUUGAGCAACAUCACCGCUCGCCCGGCCUUGGGGCGGCGCCUCCCCCCCGGCUCACGCCUGCGAUCGGGCCGUCCGAGGAUCGCGCAGGGGUCUUGCCGCGCCCCCCGCGCGAAACACGACCGUGCGUCGGGGCAGCUCCGCGCUUUCGCCGGCGGCGGCCAGGCAGGGGUCGUCUGCGCUGGCGGAAAGAGCUGCCCAGCGGGGGCACCGUUGUAGUGGACCUGGCCAGCAUGCAAGAGAGGGCGCAUAGGACAGAGCGGGCGGCCGCGGGGGGGAGGAACGGCGAGGGCCACUCAGGG